AUACAAGUCAAUAUUAACUGUCAAAUAUAGUUGCCUACAACGUUUUUAGAACCCUUUCGAUUUAUUCGGGAAAACUUGGCUCGUCAUUUUUAAAAUGUCCUCUUCCGGAACGGACAUUUUGGAUAUAUCGGAGGAGGGGGAGGAGGAACAGUCGCAAUCUUCCGCUCCGUCGCCCGAGAGUCCCAAUCAAAAUCUUCAGGCCAGUCAAUCGGAUACCUUUUCGCCCUCGGUGUCGAUCUCCUCGGUGGAAGGCAGCCAGGCUUCGGGAUCCGGAGAGUCCGACAUUCCUCAAGUCAGAAGACCUUUUAGUAGGUUCAGACGUUGGCUGGAUACCAUGCGAUCGACAAGAGCCACUACCAAUUUGAGACCCCGUCGAUCGGCUUCGUCAACACCAUCGACGCCAUCACCAAGACUAUCUUCAUCAUCGUCGGAUAUGGAAUAUCCAGUUCCGAUUUUCAACGGUACUGGCGCUCCUAUUCGUUUCCGGCGCUCGAACAGAGAGCUCCUAACUCGCCGGAUCUCGACAUUUAUGGCGGACGAGGGCGAGAGUCCUCCUCGACCACGCUUUCGUAAUCGUCGUCUUCAGGCCCGAGCUAUGGCCCAAUAUCGGGCUUCGGCUCAGGCUCGAAGGAUGCGAACUGGAGUUGGAGCCUUCACCGAAGAGGAUUUCAGGUCUAUGGAGCGCUUGCCAGCGGGUGCCUUCGCCCAGAUCCCCCGACGGGGGAACAGCAUGAGCGACUGCAGCCAGUGCAGCAGCGAUGAGGAGGAGAACAAAGCCAAGGCCACCAAUAAGAAGCCACCGAUUUCCAGUCAUCUGGCUGAAUGGUUGUAUCCAGUUUAAAACAUUUGCUAAAACUCUUUCAACGUUGGUCUGUUAGACUAAAAAAAUAUGGUUUUCAUUGCUAGAGAGUUGGAUAGUUGUCACAGGGUUUUCUAUACCAAAAAUUCAAAAUUUAUACACUUCAAUCUGUUAUAAAAAAAAUAGUAUUACCCAGAAGACACUUUUACCAUUGAAGAGAUUUAUCCAAUUACUUAAAUGCAUUCAAAAGUAAAUAUUAAACAAUGUUUACGAGAUUUA